AUGUUUCUCCAUAUUGUCCUCACUGGCUGUCUUCUUGCCUCGUCACAUGCAGCGUCGAUAACUUCAAGAUCCAACUCUGAACUCUCGCAGCGUUCACCACCUAGCGCGCCCCCGUCCACAAUCGGACCUGUCGCUGAACUUACUAUCGUUAAUAGAGUAAUCGCGCCCGACGGCUUUGAACGGUCGGCUACACUCGCAGGAGGGAUUUUCCCUGGCCCUCUCAUCAAGGCGCAAAAGCACGACAACUUUAGCAUCAAUGUUGUGAACCAAUUACAGGACAAAAGCAUGCCUUUAUCGACGAGCGUACACUGGCAUGGUAUUCAUCAAGAGAAGACGAACUGGGCGGAUGGUACCUCGUUCAUCACUCAGUGUCCGAUCCCUCCAAAUGGUUCUUUCCUCCACCAAUUUAGCGCACCCAACCAGACGGGAACUUAUUGGUAUCACUCGCAUUUUUCCACCCAAUAUUGUGAUGGUCUUAGAGGACCACUUGUCAUAUAUGACCCUGAUGAUCCACACAAAGACUUGUAUGACGUAGAUGACGAGAGCACAGUACUGACGCUUUCCGACUGGUUCCACGAUCCCACGACUGUGUUAAAUAAGAUCCUCGGCGCUGUUACCGACAACUCCACUCUCAUCAAUGGUCUGGGGCGCUACCCUGGUGGACCAAUGUCGCCCCUCUCCGUCAUUAAUGUCGAGCAGGGCAAGCGUUACCGGUUUCGCAUUCUUGGUCUUUCUUGUGACGCAUCAUAUAACUUCACUAUCGAUGGCCAUACCAUGACCAUCAUCGAAGCUGAUGGCAUCGAAACUGUCCCUGAGACUGUGGAUACACUUCCGGUAUUCGCUGGUCAGCGCUACUCUGUCGUUGUCCAUGCGAACCAGUCUGUGGGCAAUUACUGGGUUCGCGCACUGCCCAACAUUGGAAAUCAAUCAUUUGCAGACGGCUUGAACCAAGCCAUCCUUAGGUACGAGGGUGCGCCCGAGGAAGAUCCUACGAGCUCUCCUGGGCCUUCCGUCUUGCCAUUCAACGAAGCAUCGCUUGCAUCUUUGAUGAACAUUCCGGCCCCUGGUGUCCCUGAGAUUGGCAAAGCGGACGUCAGCAUCAACUUAGUUGCCGGUAACGUGAAUGGCCUCUUCACAAUCAACAACGUUUCGUACCAUAGCCCCCCGACGCCGGUUCUGUUGCAAAUGCUCAGCGGGGCUCAACAUCCUUCGGAUUUGCUGCCAAUCGGAAGCGUAUACGAGCUUCCACCAAACAAGGUAGUAGAGAUCACCCUUCCCAACACGGGUGCAGCUCCUGGCGGUCCACAUCCUAUGCACCUUCACGGACACAAAUUUGCCGUUGUUAGAGUUGCAGGCAACAGCACACCAAACUUUGUUAACCCAAUCUGGAGAGACACCGUAAGUAUGGGAACAGUAGGGGACAACGUUACUUUCCGUUUCGUCACGGACAACGCUGGACCAUGGUUCUUCCAUUGCCAUAUCGACUUCCACUUGAACAAUGGUUUUGCGGCGGUGAUGGCUGAAGCUCGGGAUCAACUUCCCAUCGUCAGCGCGAGUAUUCCAGAAACUUGGGCCUCCCUGUGUCCUACAGACAACCCAUAUACUAAAUCUUACGGUACCUUCAAUACGAGCCUCACAUAA